GUACUCGCACCCUCAAACACACUCUUCCGAGAACCAGAAGUCGGUUGGGUGUUUAUAUAAUGAAGAAUUAUGGGGCUGUUUGAUCGAGGUGUUCAAAUGCUUUUAACCACCGUUGGUGCUUUCGCUGCCUUCAGCCUGAUGACCAUAGCUGUGGGAACCGACUACUGGCUCUACUCCAGAGGGGUCUGCAAGACGAAAAGUGUCAGUGAGAACGAAACCAGCAAAAAGAAUGAGGAAGUUAUGACCCAUUCUGGAUUAUGGAGAACGUGCUGCCUUGAAGGGAACUUCAAAGGCCUGUGCAAGCAAAUCGAUCACUUCCCAGAGGAUGCAGAUUAUGAAGCUGACACAGCAGAAUAUUUCCUCCGGGCCGUGAGGGCCUCCAGCAUCUUCCCGAUCCUGAGCGUGAUUCUGCUAUUCAUGGGCGGCCUCUGUAUCGCGGCCAGCGAGUUCUACAAGACUCGUCACAACAUCAUCCUGAGCGCUGGCAUCUUCUUUGUGUCUGCAGGUCUGAGUAACAUCAUUGGCAUCAUCGUGUACAUAUCUGCCAAUGCCGGAGACCCCUCUAAGAGUGACUCCAAAAAGAAUAGUUACUCCUACGGCUGGUCCUUCUACUUCGGAGCCCUGUCCUUCAUCAUUGCCGAGAUGGUCGGGGUGCUGGCCGUGCACAUGUUUAUCGACCGGCACAAACAGCUGCGGGCCACGGCCCGCGCCACGGACUACCUCCAGGCCUCGGCCAUCACCCGCAUCCCCAGCUACCGCUACCGCUACCAGCGCCGCAGCCGCUCCAGCUCGCGCUCCACCGAGCCCUCUCACUCCAGGGACGCCUCGCCCGUGGGCAUCAAGGGCUUCAACACCCUGCCGUCCACUGAGAUCUCCAUGUACACGCUCAGCAGGGACCCCCUGAAGGCUGCCACCACGCCCACCGCCACCUACAACUCCGACAGGGACAACAGCUUCCUCCAGGUCCACAACUGUAUCCAGAAGGAGAAUAAGGACUCUCUCCACUCCAACACAGCCAACCGCCGGACCACGCCUGUAUGAAGACUACCCAGUGGCUGCUGGCCUGGUGGCCUGGGCCAGUGGGCAGGACCCCGGGCAUGGGAGGAGGCGCGGCCCAGGGGCAGGGACAGGGCCGCCCACGGGGAGACCUUCCCAAA